UACGAUGGUGAUCUGGGUAAAAAUGGCUGAAGUGGAUUUUGGGGACAGUGAGCUCUUUCAGCAGCUCGAUGGCUCUCCUCCUCCGCUGCUUCUGCCCCCAGCUGGCACCGCAGAUGAAGAGGAGACCCAGGAGGAGAUGAUCCAGCUCCGAAGCAGACUGGAGGAGUGUGAUGAUUACAUUCAGAGACUAACUGACGAGAAUAUCCUUCUGUUGGAGUUAGCUCCAUCGCGGCUAACAGUUGAUGUCGGUUAGCAUACUGAGACUCCAAACAAAACAUGAAUUAUCUGCUUAUAACCAUUCUAGUAUGUUUUCUAUCUUUUUCUAUCUUUCCCUUAACAUAAACAUCACAUAAAGGCUUGAGAAGAAAACUAAACAUCCUCGCACGACCAAGGUAACACGCUAAUAUUUACAUAAACGCUUCAAAUUAACGCAACUGACAACGAAACUAACGCAUGUUUCCCUCUGAUUCUACAGCGGGGUGACUGUGGAGGAUGUCAGCAUUGAUGGACCAGUUCUUCAGAUCCUUUAUACCAACAACAUUAUUGCAAAGUGAGAAUACUUUCACUCAUUAAGUUGUUAAAGCUGCUCUCCUGUGGUCUACCUAUCAGAUCCCUGUCAAAGUCAUACACCCAUGCCGUUAUGAACACCUGAAUCAACAACUAAAACAACAACAAAAUAAGAAAAUUCGUGUGGAAAUGCUGGAAUAAAGAAUUAAAGGGAUAUUCCGGCGGAAAAUUAAUUUAGAGUCAAACACACCAUAACACAGAGUUAGACACCCCCUCCAGAGAUGAAUGUUGCCGACCGUUCUCUUCUCUAGUUAUACCAACUUUAGUAACAACCACAGGAUAGCAAUAUAGAGAGCCACGCACUCAACCAAAUCGCCACUCUAUAGCCACAAAUAAUGCUCAGAACAGCAUUUAACUUCAUCAACAGUACAUAUAGGGUCCCAGACAUAGUACUAGCCACCAAACAUCUUUUUAACUUUGCCUGAUUUCUUUAGCAAAGAGACUGUGAAAAAAUGUAAAGAGAAGUGUAAAAAUGUAUUAUUUAUACAAGAGUUAUGAAUAUUUACCAUUAUAAAAUGUCUCCUUUUUAGACAAUGUCGUCAAGAAAUUGAAGACAGUAUCUGUGGUGUGAUUUUGAAGCAUCAGAACCAAGGCAAUGAAAAGAAAAAAAGCCUCUAUCACACUAAACCCCAGGUAUUUAUCCAAAGUGUACAUGACCAUGAGCAAAAGAAGUCCAACUGUCCUUAUCAAAAUAUUCUCUGUCCCCUGUGAAGAAUUCAGCUUUCGCCUUGGAUGAAGAUCCGCAAAAGUCAUCUUCCACAAGUGUCAAAACAACAACGGAAUCCUUCAAAGUGAGAGUUUGCUUUUUUUCCCCAUAGUCUGCAUACUACACAAUGUCUCUCAAAAUAGGGGGGAGAAAAUGUUUAGUUUUUGUACACAUUAAUGAAUCAUUUUCUUUUUUUCCCCCUGUCACAGGUGAUUGGAAGUGUGCUGCAUUUUACUACUUUUAGUGUUGAUAAACUUGGACAGCCCCUGGUGAAUGAAAACCCACAGAUGACAGAUGGAUGGGAGGUCCCAACGUAUCUUUAUGAAGGAGAAACAGACAUAUUACCAGAUACUGACAGCUGUAUUUGUCAAAUCAUUUCUUUUGAAUUUGCUACAGAAAGCUAUUCUGACAUGGACUAGCCAUUGUGGGCAAGAAAAUUAUCCCAAUUAAAGUCUACCUUAUUUUACAAGAAGUGUUUAACAGUGUUGAGGGUCUGCAUUAUGAUUUUUUUGGAUUUGUGUUCCACAAAUGUAAAUUUCCUGAAUUUUUGCAAAGUUAUCACCAGGUUUUUAACAAAGUCGUUGGCACAGAUGGACAGGAAAUAGAAAUGAAAGAUAAAAGGUUGGUCUGGUUUUACUAAUUUUCUAUUUAUAAAGUCAACAUUUAUUUAGUUCAUGUAGACACAUUAAGUUACAUAAUUUGCCUGUCACUUAUCUGUUCAUGACAGACCAAAAUCUAUGUGUUUCAACUGCGGUUUGAGCACUCAUCAGAUGAGAGACUGUCCCAAGGUAAGAACAAGUUUUGUUUUGUUUGUUUUUUUCAUGGGAAAAGGCUGAGUCGAUUAAGAAGUCACUAUUUCAUUGACUUUCUGUUUGCAUUGUUCCCCUCUUAGCCCAAAGACAUGGCUGCAAUAAAUGAACGGAGAAAGGAGUUUAAUCAGAACAGUAACCAGGCCAUGCAGAGUAACCAGCGAUACCAUGCUGAUGAAGUGGAAGAGCGUUUUGCUAAAUACAAGGCUGGAGUCAUGAGGCAUGAAUGUCAUUUUAAAUGUGUCAGAGCAAAAAUAUUAAACUCAUGCAACAUAUCCAGAUCAAGUUAAUCUUGAUGAUUCAGUGUUGUACAUUUUGUGUUUAUUUAUAGUGAGGAGCUGUUGUCGGCACUUGGACUUGAUGGCAGCACCCUCUCUCCCCUCAUUUAUCGUAUGAGGCAGCUUGGCUACCCACCAGGUUGGCUUAAAGAGGCAGAGAUGGAAAACUCGGGCUUAGCACUUUAUGAUGGAGAUGGUACGUUUUAAUCAAAGCUUAUACAGUCUUACAUUUUCCUUUGAAUAAACACAACAUAGGAUUGCUUCAGAAGAGCGGAGGUUAGUCUAAAACUGUGUCUUUUCUGCUUCUAGUUUCAAAUGAUGGUAAUGCAACAGACGGAGCCAAUUCCCAGAACAUCUCUUAUGAUGUUUCCAAACUGGUUGAUUUCCCAGGUUUCAAUGUACCUGCACCACACAUGAAAGACGUAAGACAUACAAUCGUUUCUAUUGUUAUGUUAAAAACAGCACUAGUAGUGUGUAGAUAGAAGAAGUGUAGAUAUAUCAGAUCUUAUUUCUGUUGCAGUCAAAUCUGAUUUGUCGUCAAACUUACACGUAAACUCAUAUAAUUACUGGAUGCCCGUUUCUAUAUUUAAAUUGUUAAUCUACAAAAGCAUUAAUAUAUGUCAUAUGUACACUGUUUGAGUAAUCAAACUAAAAUGCUUCUUGCCUGUAGGAGUUCAUGCAGUACAGCUCUAUUCCAAUGCAGAGCAGCCACAUGAAGCAAAACUAUGCAGCUUACCUGUCCAACAACUUCCCUAUGGUAAGUAUUUUUAAAUUGUUGGCUAGCUGGAUGUUUUCCUCCUGAAUUAUGUAGUUAAUGUCUUUUUCCAGCUUGACAGUCUUGCACAACUUCAACCAAACUUUCAGUUAGCAAUACAGGCAGAUAUAAAAAGCUAUAAGAAUUAUUGUAUAUAAUAAUUCUGUAGUAUAUGUGUCAGUGAUAAAUGUUCCUUCGCAAGUAGUAGAAUAUAGCGGUAGAUGUUUUAAGUUUUGUAAGGUGGCCAAGCAAUAAAAGGAAGUCCUUUAAAAGGGACUUUAGUUGGAUUACUUGAAAAAAAAAUCCUAUUCAAUUGUAUGAAUCUGAGUGCACAUUAUUUAUGCCAGUCACUGAAGUUUUAAAAGCACCAUCAGUUAACUGUCGAAGUGAGAAUGAGUGAUGACUGACAUCUCUGCAGAGCUUUAAUUUCAUUUAUUGUUCUGUUAACAGCCUGGUGCCAACAGCAACAAGAGACCACUUGAAUCCGACUCAUCUCCUCAGCUGAGGAAGAAGACAAAGUCCAGUCCUGAUCGGAGCUCUGAUUUCAGCUCCGAUAUGGACAUUGAAUCAGGUGAAAGUGUAUCCUCAGUUGUUGGUUUUUCAACAGGCUGAUUUGUCUAUUAAUUGUUCAUCUAAUUUCCACAUUGGGCUGACAGUAUUGAUGUUCUCUCUCAGACCCAGGUAUACCAUAUCACACUCAUGGCCAAGGUGACUUCCAGUUCCAGCCGCCGUUGCCCCCUGGCUCUCCCUGCUUCAGUUCACCUCCUCCUCUACCCCAGGGCACUCCUCCUGCUACACCCACUCCUCCACCUCUUCCCAAAGGUACACCUCCACCCACACCCACAAACGGCUCUCCAGCUCUACGAGGGCGUAGCUGGGCUGUGGUUGAUGAAACUGCAGAAGGGACAGAGGAUGAGCUGACACUGGAGGAACUAGAGGAGCAGCAAAGGCUGAUCUGGGCAGCUCUGGAGAAUGCAGACACUGCCACCAACAGUGACUCUGAGACACCUGCAACUGGAACUCCUGUACCCAGUUCACCAAGUGUGUCGACACCUGUGCAUGUGGACACAGAAACAGAAGAGGUGGAUGAAGCAAUGGACAUGUCAAAACCUGCAGUUACUUGUCAAAAUAAUAACAAUCAAAGGGAGCAGGAAGUUCAGAGCCCCGGACCAAUCAAAGUUGAGGAAGAUAGUCCGCAGAGCCCUGAACCAGUCACUGUAAAAAAUGACAUCACUCAGAGCCCAGGACCAGUCAGAGUUCAAGAUGACAACCCACAGAGCCCUGAUCCAGUCAGCCUUAAGGACAUCAUCCCAAAAACGCCUGAUCAAGGUUUCCUUCAAGGUGGAGAUUGUGCCUCUCCUGAGCAGGUGGAGAAAGUAACAGCCGUUCCUCAUCGGAGCAACUUUGCAGCUGGCAUUGUUCCAUUUGAAAACACACCAGAAUUCACUGAAGUUGCAGAAGCUACAGGGACAUACUUGAAGAUCAGAGAUUUGCUUAAAUGCUCCCCUCGAAGUUUGGCAAAGAAAAAAUAAGAAAACACUUUCUACAUCAGGUUCAAAAUGAUGCACAGAUUUUUUUAAUCAAAUAUUUUUUUUCAUUUUCAUGACCAUCUUGUCAGGCGUGUGUUUUAGCUGUUUUUUUUUUUGUUUUUUUUUUUACCAAACUAAAUGUCUUUACAGUACAUACAUUGGAUCUAUAAAUAUACAUUGAGGGAUGCUACUACAGCCAUAGUUAAGUAGAUAUUGACCUGUAGGUGUCAGUUUUUGUGACAGUAGCAUUUUGCUAUUCAUUUAAUUGUAAAAGUUGUAAAAUUGUCAAUAUAUCACCAACAGUCAUUGUGGAAUCAUGCCUUUGAAUGCUCUUUUCUAUUUCUCUCUCACUUAAAUUACUCAGAAAAUACAAAGCAAAUAUGUUUGUAUUUCCUCCCAUGCUACAGCAGCCAUUGCUAUAUGUGGA